CUGGAGGAGGGUUAUCUGAGCCACUCACUGAGCCUCAACCUGGAGGUGUAUAUGUUAUUAAUGUUGGUGCCAAAGAGAAGUUGGACUUGUACCGCUGGAAGACAGUAGGUGACAUUCGACUGUCUUCCAAUGACUAUGGCCUGAUGGAAACAUCCUACCUUAUUACAUGGGAGCCAGAGGGACUCUUUGCUCGCCUCACCUACCACACACCUCUUAUCAAGAACAGGACAGUUAUACAUUACCUUGGGGACUGCAGACCUUAUUAUGACAAAGCUAAGGCUGAGGAAGAGGAGCGUCAGAAGAAAUUGGAGUACAUUAGGAAGAAGACUGGAAGCUCUCUAGAUAUUGAUUCAGUUGGUGGUCAUGAUGCACAUCUGUCUCUUUCGGACAUUGGACCACGAGAUGCUGCCACAGAAGCAGUUGGCUCUAUCUUAGCAGGCUUAGGAUCUAAUAUCAUGGACACUGAUAAUCUCAAUCAAACUUUUGCAGAAUUAGGAGGAGAAGUUGAAGGUUUGUGUGAGGACCAGUUGUCCCUUCUCACAUCACGUCCGGAAGAUGAGCACCUGCGUGACUGCAACCUCACCCCUAUUGAAGUUCCCUUUGGUUCUAUCUCAACAUCAAACAUUGUGAAAGAACUCUUCCCACAGGGAUUGCCAAAGAUAACUAUCCAAAAGGUCCUUGAGGUAGAACCAUCAGAGCCUUUGCCCAAGAAGAGAAGACUGAAUAAUGUCAUUGAGUUACCAGAGCCUAAAACCGAACUCAAGGAUGAUGACAAGAUAGUAACAGGCUCAUUCCGUGCUGUGCCACGAAGUCUAGAAGACUGGAAUGAGGAAGAGGAAGAAAAAGACGACUGUGAAGAAGGGGAGCAACUACAUCGCACUCGCCUGCAAAUAACUACUACUGAACCACGGACUAUUGUUUAUGUUAGGCAGCAGGAAAUUCUGACUGAGAAACAGAUUGAUCAUAUGUUGUGUUACCCAGAUAUAAGUCGUAUUUCCUUCCUGCCACUUAUAGAUCCACAGCCAGGAGAUGUUUUUGUUGUUGCAAUACCAUAUAGAAAAGGAGAAGUCAGAAGAAUGGAUUGCUACAACUGGUAUGUAACCGGACACAAGAAAGGAAAAUACAGACGCACUUACAGCUAUAUCAAGGAAGAGGAUGGCAACAUCAGUCACAGAUUACUGCGUUACACCUAUGACUAUGCCUGGGAGAGUAUGCCUGGAUUACGAGUGAUUCACUACAUACCUGGGGAUCCUCGCCACCAAGUUCAGUGUGUGGGGAAGAAGCCAAAUUUUGAGGAAGAGCCUGAGGGACAAGGAAAUGGACCUCUGUACAGAGCCUACACAGCACCAAUGACUCAUAGAGAUGCCCUAGCCAUAAUCAAUGACCCACCAAUGUACCACUUGUGUGAUCUGCCAGUCCAAGAUCCAAAAGCUGGAGAUGUUUAUAUUGUCAAAGCUCCAUCAAUGGCCAUUACAAGAAGAGAAAUGAUGUAUGACAACAUGACUUGGAGUGAAGGACAUGUAAAACAUGUUGGGGGUAAACGACCAGUCGUGCGAAAAAUCAAAUAUGUGUCUGUUGAUCCAAGUGAUGGAGUAAAAUCUGAUGCAUUUGCCCGAGUGACUUGGGAAAGACUUGUUGAUGUGACAGCACUGGAUACAGAGAUGCCCAUAUCUAGAAAAAAACAAGCUUAUAUCAUUAUUCACUACCUUGGAGAUGAAACUUUGGCUGGAGAAAAGGUUCGCAAAGGCAAAGAUGGGGCCCUUCAUCUUCGUCAAAUAAGACAUUACAUAGAGACUGGGCUUAUCUUGCUUUUUGUUCACUUAACAGAGAAAAAUGGAAAUUUGAAAGUCACCAAGAAGUUUGUAAUUGAAGAUAAAAUGAUGUAUUAUGUUGGCAAGGAUGGUUCUGAAAAGAGGUUGGUGCUGUACACUAAUGAAGAGAAAAACAAAGCAUUUGAGGAGUGUCAUGUUUUUCAUAAAUCUGGGGAAAGGGCCGGUCGUACCAAGACGUUGCACCGCCUUGCAAGCAAGUACUAUUGGACGAACAUGGUAGAAGAUAUUGUUGCUAUGAUUGUUAGAUGCAAGACCUGUGAGUUCAACAAAUUAAACAGACCUAACCAGAGAUAUGUUAGACUGAACCAGGGCCCAGAGAUGGAUUUGGUCUGGGGCUUUCAGGUUAAUGGUAAUGGAAAGCCAACCUUUGUGGUAAGAGACAUAGAAAGAUAUAUGGAGGAGAGGGAGCAAAAAGCAAAUGAUAUCAUUAAUCAGGUGUUGACCGGCCAGUCAUCGCAGUCAGAGCAUAAGAUUUGUCCAGAGGAGGUUGCUGCAACUGAAUGUGUAGAGAACAUCACCACAACAGCAUUGCUAGAUGCAGUACAUGAAGGCAGUCAUGAUCACCAGACGAGUGUUCAGGUUGUAACCGGGACUUCUGGACCUGACGAAGACCAUGCUCACUAUACACAUGUGGCUCAUCUUUCAGAAGGACAGGUAAUACAAGACCCAGGAGGCUCAGUAUAUGAAAUGGCUGAUGGUGAGGGUCAUGUUGUGGUAGUAGCUGAUGGAAUGCCUGGACUAGAGGAUGGAAGUGAAGUACCUGGUCAACAUAUGGUAGUUGUUCAGCCUGGUACAGGAGACCAGAAUGUAGUCAUGCUCACAGAGAACCAAGUUAUCAUGGAAACAGUGGAUGGUCAGCUUACAUACAUGCCACAAACAUGAAACAAAAUCAGUCAA